AUGACUUUAAAGAACAUUAAUUCAAAACAAGAAUUUACAUCAAUUUUAAAAAAAAAUUCUCAAAAUUCAUUACUGGGAGGAUCAAACAAGAAUGAUUUAAUAGUAUUAGAUUUUUUUGAUGAUUGUACUCAUUGUUCAGAAAUGAAUCAUAAAUUAGAAGAAAUUUCAUCAAAUUAUGAGUUAGGAUCUAAUCAAAGAGGUGGUAUGAGAAGAGGUGCAGGAGAUUCUUCAUCUUCUUCAAAUGUUGAAGAUCAACCUUCUGUUCAAUUUUUUAAAGUUAAUAUUGAAGAUGAUAAACAAUUAGCUAAUGAAUUUUCAAUUAGUUCUAUUCCAACUACUUUAUUUUUUAAAAAGGGGAAAUUAAUUGAUAAAGUUGUUGGUCCUGAACCUAAUGAAAUAAAAAGAAUUAUUGAUGAUAAUGAAAUGAUGUAA